UAUCUGUCAAGCACGCUUGUUCAUCACGUGGCGGUGAACAUAGUAAACGUAGAGGUAUCGAGUGUGACAAUGGCUGCUCCGGUUAAAAAACGAGAAAUUCAAGAGAAUGUCGUUGUAAAACGAAAUGAUGAUGAUGAACAAGAAUCAUCUAGUAGCGAGGAUGACGAGCAAGAACAAGUGGGAGAAUCGGGUUUAGAAAUCCAAGUAGAUUUUGAAGGGCGCAAUCCACAAGAUCCAGAUUAUCAUGGAAUUAAAACAUUAUUGCAACAACUUUUCUUAAAAGCGCACAUAGAUUUGGGUGGAUUAACCGAUUUGAUAGUCUCACAAAAUUAUAUAGGAUCUGUGGUAAAACAGUCAGAAGAUUUUGAAGGAUCCGACGAGGAAGAUGUAGAAGAUACAUUCGACGUUUUUGGUAUUACUACAGUAAUUAAUAUAUCUGAUAGACAGAAUCUUCCAUGCAUACAACAAUUAAGAGAUUUAUUGCAAGAAUUAUCUAGUGAUCAUGCCACUGAUGCAGCUUAUACUAUGAUAAAAAAUGUACUUCAGAACGAUUCGCAACCAAUUGGUUUACUUAUUAACGAAAGGUUCAUUAACAUACCUGCCCAAAUAUCUGUACCACUUUUUGAAAACUUAAUCUCAGAAAUGAAACGUGCUAGCAAUAGGCAAAUGCCAUUUAAUUUUUCAUAUUAUAUACUUAUAUGUAAAUUAUAUAAAAUGGAGGAUAAGAGGAGUGGAACGAAAAAGAAAAAUAAAAAGAAGAAUAACAGUGAAACUCCAACGAUUAUAUGGAGCAAUCCAGAAGAAGAAAUAUUUGCUGAAAAAGCUUUGAUUAGUUUUGAAUUUUCCGUUGAAAAUGAAUCAGAUAGUGGUUUAUCUGGAACGUGGACUGAAACUGACGAUGAAAUGAAGCCAUACAGACGAGUAUUACUAUUUGAAGCUUCAACUUUGCAAACUAUAAUUAAUACAAUAAAAGGCCAAUUAUCUUAAUCUUGGAUUAACGUAAAUCGAUAUAUAACGAAACUCGCUUGAAUUUCUACAGAAAUAUCAAUAUACUUUUCAUUGUUAAGGUAACAAUAAUAAUAAUAAUAAUAUUAAUAAUAAGCUUCGAAGAAAACACUUUUUCAUACGUUUCUACAGAAAAAAAAAAGAAUAAAAAAAAAAAAAAAAGAAAGAAAAAAGAAA